AUGCCUUUUCAAGUUGAGAAACUCCAACUACAAACUCUGCUCCGCGAGAGAGUGUUUGUAACAUGGGCGAAUUCAGCAGGCGAACCUUUAACGCUAGGUUCUUGCUCGCAUCGUAACAAGAAUAAUCCUGAAUUUAUCAUGGAAGCAGGCUAUGAUAUGGAAGGACAUAUUCAUAUUCACUUUUUUCUUACAGUGACUAUAAAGUUUGGUGGCAAGAAACAACCACUGGAGAUGUUGUUGGUUGUUCCUCCAAACGCCAACUUCGCAAACGCCCCCAUACCUCUUACAAAACUGAACGCCAACGACCUACCACUCCCCGAUGACUUACCUCUGCCUAACGCCUUUGUACUUCACGAAGCCGGCAUAAGCGAAUCAGGACAUGUCAUUCUCGUACCAUUCAAUCUCACUACGAAAGGAUUCGUCAUUAUGGAUAAGACUCCUCCGAUUAUUAGGCCCUGCAGCGGCAGCACAACCCAAUUGAUUCGUAGCCUCGAAUCUCUAUCUAACACGUCCAUCUUCAACGUAUGCAUCAGACCGAGUGAUUAUGCGCGGGAGGGUUUGAAAGAACUUUGCAAGCGCUUAAGCAACACUGGGUCUAUAUUGGCGGAAUGGGAUAAAGUUAAAUAUCAUGAUCGACAAGACGUACAACCGCCACCAUAUACCGAUAAUCCUGCUCGACCAGUACCGAAAGUGCAGGUUCCUCGGUCACCACCGAUCACACUCGAAAUGGAAAAGUUACCAUACAACACUGUCGAAAUAGUAGUUGCAGAGACAUCGAAUCAAACUCCAGUUAACUCAAACCCUGCACCGGUAUUGCAUGGCAUUAUCUCUCCUGGCGCUGGAGAGCCGUCGAGCGUGGACUUGAGGGAUGUCGAGGGGGACUCGAGAUGCAUCGACGUGGCCCUUGACGUAGGCUCGGAUGAAGCACUUCUUGCCAACUUGAAUUCCCGAAAACCAAGUCAGCAACUCAAAGAUGAGGCAGUUUCAAAGAUGCUUGAAUCGAAAUCUUGGUGUUCUGCCAUAUUGCUCUAUGACCCGUUCGAUUCCGACAACACUAUCGGGUUAUGGGAGGAGAGAAACCGAUGGCUCAUUUCAGAUAUUGCCAAGCUGAUUAAAUGGGCUAACACAUUUCACUAUGGCGCCGAGAUCAACUCGCUCUUGAUAAACGAUUUCGUAAAGUUAGGUAGCGUUGCUCGCAAUUUCGCCCUGCACCCUGGAAAUGACAAAGCCGAGUACAUUCGUCAGAGAAGUGUUUGUGUUGUUCGGGUAUGGACUGAAUUUGGCAAGUCGAAAAGAAACAUUAGUGGAGAUACCAGCGGGCCAGGUUCUCGAAAACGGGAUGACUUGGAAACUGACAGCAAUAUGUCUAGGCGAGCAAGAAAUAUAGUGUGA